AUGUUCUCUCUCCGAGGCUGCGGGCGCCGGGUCGCCGCCUCCCUCGCCCAGCAGCACCUCCCGCCGCCGGCCCGGCUCAGCGGCGACAGCGCUGCGCCCGGGACCCCGCGCUACGACGUGGUGGUCGUGGGCGGCGGGCACGCGGGCACGGAGGCGGCCGCGGCGGCCGCGCGGUGCGGCUCCCGGACUCUGCUCCUCACGCACCGGGUGGACACGAUCGGUCAGAUGUCCUGUAAUCCUUCCUUUGGUGGUAUCGGAAAGGGGCAUUUAAUGAGGGAAGUGGAUGCUUUGGAUGGCUUGUGUUCCCGAAUCUGUGACCAGUCUGGUAUACAUUACAAAGUAUUAAACCGGCGUAAGGGACCAGCUGUUUGGGGUCUGAGAGCUCAAAUUGAUAGGAAACUCUAUAAACAGAACAUGCAGAAAGAAAUCCUAAAUACACCACUGCUUACUGUUCAGGAGGGAGCUGUAGAAGAUCUUAUACUUACAGAACCAGAACCUGAGCACACUGGGAAAUGCCGCGUCAGUGGUGUUGUUUUGGUGGAUGGAAGCAAAGUAUAUGCAGACAGCGUGAUUCUGACGGCUGGGACAUUUCUGAGAGGCAUGAUUGUAAUUGGAUUGGAGAUGCAUCCGGCAGGACGUUUAGGAGACCAGCCUUCCAUUGGGUUGGCUCAGACUCUAGAGAAGUUGGGGUUUGUGGUGGGAAGAUUGAAGACUGGGACUCCACCCCGAAUUGCCAAAGACUCCAUUAAUUUCAGCAUUCUAAACAAGCAUACACCAGAUAAUCCAUCCAUACCAUUCAGCUUUAUUAAUGAAACAGUGUGGAUUAAGCCAGAAGAUCAGCUGCCGUGUUACUUGACUCACACCAACCCUAGAGUGGAUGAGAUUAUCCUUGAGAACCUGCAUCUUAAUAGUCACAUUAAGGAAACUACAAAAGGACCCCGAUACUGUCCUUCCAUUGAAUCAAAGGUUUUGCGUUUUCCAAACCGUUUACAUCAGGUUUGGUUGGAACCUGAAGGAAUAGAUUCUGACCUCAUCUACCCCCAAGGGUUAUCUGUGACGCUGCCAGCUGAAUUACAGGAGAAGAUGAUCACAUGCAUCAGAGGCUUGGAGAAAGCUAAAAUGAUGGAGCCAGGCUAUGGUGUUCAAUAUGAUUACUUAGACCCCCGUCAGAUCACUCCUUCUCUUGAGACUCAUUUGGUGCAACGGCUCUUCUUCGCUGGACAGAUAAAUGGCACUACUGGUUAUGAGGAAGCUGCGGCUCAAGGUGUCAUAGCUGGAAUCAAUGCAAGUCUUCGAGUCAGACGCAAGCCUCCUUUUGUCGUUAGCCGAACAGAAGGCUACAUAGGAGUCCUGAUUGAUGACCUCACCACACAGGGCACCAACGAACCAUACCGAAUGUUUACCAGCCGAGCAGAGUUCCGUUUGUCACUGCGCCCUGAUAAUGCUGACAGCCGCCUCACUUUCCGAGGGUAUAAGGAAGCUGGCUGUGUGUCCCAACAAAGAUAUGAAAGAGCUUCUUGGAUGAAGUCUUCUCUAGAAGAAGGCAUUUCUCUGUUAAAAUCCAUUGAGUUUUCAAGUUCUAAAUGGAAAAAGUUAAUCCCAGAGGCUUCUAUAAGUAUGGGUAAAGUUGUGUCUAUCAGAGCUCUAGAUGUUCUGAAGUAUGAGGAAGUUGACCUGGAGUUAUUGGCAAAGGCUGUUCCAGGACCCUUGAAGAAGUAUACUCAAUGUAGAGAGCUAGCUGAAAGACUGAAAAUAGAAGCCACUUAUGAAACAGUAUUGUUCCAUCAGCAACAAGAAAUAAAGGACAUUCAGCGAGAUGAAGCCCUCCAACUGCCAAAAGACCUAGAUUAUUUGACUCUCAGGGAUGUGUCUUUGUCCCAGGAAGUUCGAGAGAAGCUACAAUUCAGUCGCCCACAGACGAUUGGGGCUGCAAGUCGGAUACCUGGAGUGACACCUGCUGCCCUCGUCAAUCUGCUCAGAUUUGUGAAGACCAUUCAACAAAGACAGGCAGCUAUGAAUGAGUUGCCCAAAACUGGUCAAUGUGUUACAGACAGACUUGAAGAGAGACAGUUAUAG